AGAAGAAGAAGAAGAAGAAGAAGAAGAACAAGAACAAGAACAAGAAGAACAAGAAGAACAAGAAGAGUUUGUUUCGCCAUUUGUGAACCAAACCGCCCGGACCGGCGGCUGUAUGGCCCGCACACGGAGGACAACAUGUCGGACUCGGAAGUGAAACCGUCCAAUCAGGACAGCGAGGAGAAGAAGGAGGGCGAGUACAUCAAGCUGAAGGUCAUCGGACAGGACAACACAGAGAUUCACUUCAAGGUGAAAAUGACGACACACCUGAAGAAGCUGAAGGAGUCGUACAGCAAGAGACAGGGUGUGUCCUCCAGUUCUUUACGAUUCCUGUUUGAAGGAAACCGAGUCUCAGACCAGCACACACCAAAAGAGCUGGGGAUGGAGGACGAGGACGUGAUCGAGGUGUAUCAGGAGCAGACUGGAGGAUGUGAGCAGCUUCUCACCGUCUGGUGGAGCAGCUGGUCUCAGAGGACAGCGGCUGCCCUACAUGGACACUGAGCCCGCCGUCGGAUUAGAACCUGAACCGGGACCAGUCUUCACACAGAAUGGACGCUUGUGUUUUUAUAUGUUUGUACGUUUAAACUUGUAUAUUUUGUAUAAAAGUUUGAUGGUCUGUGUUUGAGGAAGCGGCUUUUCUCAAUGAAAUAAAUGUCAGUGGAACAAACUGGACGGAA